UUUUUUUUUUUGUUUUUUUUUUGUAGUUGUGUGCUUUCACAGGAUUUCAUGUAGUGUUCAGUAGUGGACGACCCAAACUUUUCCCCUUGUUGUCUUUUUUCCAAAGGUUUUCCGUCUUUGAAAGUAAAGAUGUCAGGAUAGAGCAACUCCUGGAAAACCAACGACUUGACAGAUCUGCACCAAUAAGGCGAAAUAACCAUUCUUAGCGGUUAUUCGCCUUUACAAGCAUCGUCUCUGGGGUGGGAACGCGACUGAUGAUGCUUGCCUUGCUCGUCUAUUCCGAGAUUUGUAUCGUCUCGUUCUGUUUGUGUGUUUUGUCCCACACAGUGGCAUGAAAAUUCAUGAAUGCGUCCAAGGACAUGUAUACACAAUUACGCAUGCACCAUGACGGUAGUAGGCUGUGCGUAAUAUCCUAUUACUAUUAUCAUUAUUAUUAUAUCCCUACACCACAUGAAUGCAAUAAUAACAAACACAUCCAGUCUCAUUCCUGUGUUUGGAGAAGAUUUAGCAGAUCCAUCCUAACUUGAAUAGUGUGUGAAUGUGUGUGUGUGUGUACAAGACGGCAUGGGUGUUCAGAGUAUGGCAAGGUGAUUUACUGGUGUAAAAUAAUUUGUUUUCCUUAAUAUAUUUUAGUUGUAUACUGUAUUUGUGGAAGGAUGACACAAACAGUUGUCAGAUUUGAUUCUUACACCAGCGUUGGAGCAUUUUUGCUGCUCGGCACCAAUUUGUCUCCAAAGUAAGUAAGUAAAUAAAUAAAUAAAUAAAUAAAUAAAAGAAACUAAAUCAAAAGUAAGUCUUUAAAUGCAACCAAAGUUGAAAGCAGUUACGCCUUGGCCGCAAAUAACGCUCCAUGUGUGUGGAUGGAUGGAUGAGCUGCGCGCAAACAUGCACUGCAUCUGUCCAUGUGCGUGCGCAUGUGCGCCCCUGUCUGCGCUAACGUGCGACCACUCUCUUUUGCUGUGUAUGUGUCUGUGUGCCGUGUUCCCACAGCCACGCUGGAAGUCGCCCCCCAUGUGGCCGUCGGGAGUGGGGAGCAGGCAGCCAUGCCCGCGGGAGUCGGCGCUGCGCCGGGCGGCCAUCAGCGGCAACGUCAACGCGCUGCCGCCACAUCACGUCCCCACCGGCCGCAGCGUGCGGGUCUUCAUCUGCGCCAACCCUGACGACACAGAAGCAGAGAGGAACGCACUGAAAGAACACGUUUACCCCAAACUACGAGACUUCUGCAGGGAAAACUAUGGCAUUGAAUUCCAGGUGGUGGACCUGUACUGGGGUGUAGAUCCAGAGGAAUGGGACAGUCCCGAGUUACAGCGGCUGAGAAUGAAGCUCCUGGAAGAAUGCCUGAAGACCUCAGCGGGGCCGUGUUUCGUUGGUCUGGUGGGAGAAAAGUAUGGCAGCAUUCGAGUGCCGGGGGAAGUGGAGUCGGCAGAGUUUGAGAUGAUCCUGGACGCAGCGGUGGAGGCAGGGUUGGACACACACAUCCUGGAAGAGUGGUACUGCAGGGACGAAAACUCAGUGCCACCCGCAUACUACCUCAAACCCAAAGCCCAAAUGCUCAAGAACUACCAGAACUCUAUGGAGUCCAGCAGCGCAGCCAAGACAAAGAAUGACAAGGCCUGGAGGAACGUGUCGGAGGAAAUAAAGAGGAUCUUCCGAACAGCCGUGCUGCAGCUUCAAGAGAAAGGGACCAUGAAGAGCGCUCAGGCCAAGAAAUUCCUUUGCUCUGCCUUAGAGGACGAGUUAGACUUUGCCCUUGGGAAACAAACGCCUGCCUUUCUCAGGAAAUGUGUCUGCUACAUCCGCAAGAUCUCCAACUUUGACCGCUUCGCCAAAAUCCCCGACAUGACCCGGUACAUGGACACCGUGGUGAGCAGCGACCGCGUCAUGCGCAACCAGGAAGCCUACGAGCGCCUUCUCAAAGUACGGGACGAGUUCAUCCCGACGAUCGUCGCCGCCUCCAACCUGCGCGUCUACUCCUCCGUCACGCACUGUGACAUGAAGCUGGGCUACUCCCAAGAAGUGGAGAGCCACUAUGUGGAAGGCCUGUGCAAGCAGUUCUACGAGGACAUGGUGGACAUCAUCCAGGCCACGGUCCAGCAGAACUUUGACACGGAGACUGACCCGCUCUAUGACGAGAUCGUGCAGCAUCUGUCUCUCUGUAAAACCUACGCGGCGCUCUAUGAGUACAAGGCUGAGACUUUGGAUUAUGUGCACGAGUAUGUUAUGCCAUCCAAGGCGAGCAGAAUGAGCCCUAUGGUGGUGUUUGGUGGACCCUGCACUGGAAAGACGCUGCUGCUCUCUGAGGUGGCCAAAGAGGCCUACACAUGGCUGCAGACAGAGAUGGGCCCUGAAACCGACCCAGUGGUUAUCGUUCGUUAUAUUGGCUCCAGCCAGCCCUCCACAGACCUACGCACCCUCCUCCAGAGCAUAUGUGAACAGAUUGCAAUAAAUUACCGCUGCCUGAUUCAUUUUUUGCCUAACAAGAUCCAGGAGAUGAGGGAGCUCCUCAUCAACCUUCUAGGAGAAUCCUCACUCCACAGGCCCUUGGUCAUUGUCCUGGAUGCACUGGAGCAGCUCUCAGAUGCCGAUGAAGCUCGCAAGCUGUGGUGGCUCCCCAUACACUUGCCUCGGACAGUGCGCAUUGUAGUCUCAACAUUGCCAAAUAAACAUGGCAUCCUACAGAAGCUCCGACACCUUAUUCAUGAUGAGGGGUACUAUGUGGAAUUAAUUCAAAGGGACCGCAAGGUUUGCAGCCAAACAUUAAAGCAGCAGUUGCUGGGGGUGAAGAGGAAAGUAACCUCAGGCCAGCAGAUCUAUGUCAAUGAGGCACUUGCGAAGUGUACACUACCAAUGUUUGUCAACCUCAUCUACAGAGAAGUAGUCCACUGGAGGUCUCACAAAGAUGUGGAUGACAAGUCCUUGUGCUCCACAGUGCAUGAAAGCAUAGAGCAUCUCUUCUACUCAGUGGAGAACAAGCUGGGCCAAAGAUUUGUCUUCAGAGCAUUAGGCUACAUCACUAUGGCCAAAACUGGACUAACUGAGGUUGAGCUGGAAGAUAUUCUGUCCCUGGAUAACAUAGUCCUCGGUGAUGUAAUUGUAGCAACUUACCUCAAAAACCCUUUGAGGAUCUCUUACCACCUGGUUGCAAAGCUCAAAGAGGAGCUGGAGGGAUAUCUUGUGGAACGUCAAGUACGUAACGUAACCCUGAUGGUCUGGGCCAACAGACACCUGCAUCUCAUUGCCCAGAAGCUGUAUCUCAGCAAUGAAGAGGAUGUCCAUCAAAUGCACAGCCUCCUAGCAGAGUAUUUCUUAGGGGCAUGGUCAGGGGGCAGGAAGAAGAUAUUCACGUAUGAUAACAACCAUUUCACUUCCCUCAACAUAUCUCAUCACAAAAACCCCCACCAUCAACAGUCCCAUGAAAAAACAUCAUCAGAUAAGUAUUCGUAUGACAGGCAAACUCCUGAGCAGCCUUGGGUGUUCCAGUGCAACCUUUUGGAACCUGACAUUUUCUUUGUAAACCACAGAAAGAUGACAGAGCUGGUGUACCACCUUACCAGGAGUGGCCGCACUGAUGACCUCAUGUUUGGUGUCAUCAUGAACUUCAGCUGGCUUUACACAAUGAUAAAGAUAGGUCAGUUUGAAAAAGCUUUAACUGACAUCGACCUUGCUUACAGCUACACCCAAGAGAAAGAGCUGAAGUUUCUGGCCACAACUUUGCGUAGCAUCAAGGUAAAAGUUAUGAAAAAUCCAGCAUCACUUUCUGCAGAACUGCAGCAGCGGCUUUUGCCAGUCGUCACCUCCCUCCCAAAGCUCAGACACCUUCUCUUAGAGUGUGACAAAGAUGGCCCGAAGUAUUGCUCCAUAGUGCCUCUCCACUCCUCUAUGGAUGUCACCUACAGUCCAGAAAGGCUUCCUCUGUGCUCUAGCUACAUGCAGAUUGUGGAGAUCUUGCCAACCCUAGCUCCAAACAUAGUCCUUGUAGCCCUGGAAGAUGGUUCUGUCAGUACCUGGGAUGUAGAGAGCAGACAGCUCCUGCGACAAAUUGACACAGCCAGGUCUGUUGUGCUGGGAAUCAGGUUAACCACUGAUGAAAAGUAUCUAGUUGUGGCUACAACCAAAAACACGCUGCUUAUCUAUGAUAAUCACAAGUCCUGCCUUUUAUCUGAGGUUGAAAUCAAGGGGUCCAAGCACAGUGGUGUUGCUGGCGGGGUGGCCUUCAUCAAUGGUUUUACUUUGUCCACUCACCAUGCUUUGGCUUGGCUCGAGGCCAGUAAGGAUGUCAAUGUCAUUGAUCUACUUUAUGGCUGGCCUCUCUACCAGUUUCAUUGUUGGUAUGAGGUUACUUGUGUCCAGUGCUCACCAGAUGGAAUGUAUGCUUUCUGUGGCCAGUACCUCAACACAGCAUCCAUCUUCCAUCUGGGAAAUGGUGACAAGCUGGCCACUGUGACCUCCGAGUUUUCUGGGGGAUUUGUCAAGUCCAUUCUUGUGCUGGACACCCUCCACCAAAUGGUGAUGAUUGACAACGAAGGCAGUUUGUCUGUAUGGAACACCAAAGAGAUCACCAACCCCAAGCUGAUGGAGGAUUAUGAUUGUAGAGGGGAUGAGACUGAGGUGGUAGGCAUUGAGUUAUCAGAGGACCAACGUUCCAUUCUCAUUUGCAAGGCCAGAAGUAUUGAAGUACUAGAUACUAAGGUAUGGAAAAUGGUGGAGAAGUUCAAAGCCAAACGUAGUGAGCGCUUUGUUGCUGCUGUUCUCUCCAAGAAUGGACAAAGUAUUGUGGCCUCCAUGGAGAACACCUCAUCCAUUUUUGUCUGGAGAAGGGACAGUGGUCAAUGCAUGGCCAGCCUGAUUGAGAUCUCAGGGGCUAUUGUCAAACUCAUCAAAUCAUUUCACCACAACUUGUUGCUGUCUGUUGCAAGCAGUGGAGUGCUCUCUGUGUGGGACAUUGAUAUCAUCACCGCCAUGUCCAAUAUUGACAAAACAGGCAAGAAGAUUCAGACCUUGCUGCUGUCUGGCAGAGAGGAUUAUGUGUUCACCAUGGAUGGUUCAGAAGCUGUCCACAAGUGGAACUUCAGCACAGGUUUUAUUGAGACAGUCUUUAAGCACGAGGGUAUAGUGGAGAACUGUGUUCUUACGUCCUCAGGGGAUCUCAUUGUGACUUCAGAUGACAAGUGCAGCCAGUAUAUUUGGCAAACUAACACUGGAGAAAAUAUCUUCCGCAUCAAUGGACAGAGAAUAUCACAGCUGCUAAUUACCCACAAUGACCAGUUUGUGGUGUCGCUCUGUGAGCAGAAUGCCUCCAGAGUCUGGAGGCUUGCAACUGGGCACAAAGUGUGUAACAUUUUAGUCACCCUCCAAAAUGCAUUGAUCACCACAGCAAACACUUUCCUUGUGGGAACCUCCAAAAACAAACUCCUUGCAGUCAGCCUAUGGUCAGGGAGUGUGUCCAAGAAGUUUGUUUGUGAUGACGGCAUCACCAUUGUCAACUUCAAGCUGAUUCCUGACUGCCCCGACUGUGCUGUGUUCAUCACAUCCACAGAGACCGUUUUUAUCUGGAAUGUGGCAGAUGAGUCAGUUUGCAGGCGAGUCCAACUGCCAACCAACUUCCUCAAAAAUCUAGAGGACUUCCAGAUCUCACCCAAUGGGAAACUAGGCAUUGUCUCCAAGGGUGAUGAGAACAUUAACGUCCUGGACCUUCACAGUGGAAAGCUGAGGCUUGUCCAUGCUGCCGGUAUAAUCUGGCGUCAGAAAUUAUCUAGAGAUGGACGUUAUCUAGUGUAUGUCUGCUUCCGCAACUGUGAUGAAGAUGACGAUGCCGGUGUGGUCUCCAAUCUGAUAGUGAUGCGCCUCGCUGACGGUAAGAGCAUCGGUACAUGCUCGCUUUACAAGACGCCCACCUUCCUCGCUCUCUCUCAGCGAGCAUUAAACAUAAUCAUUGGCUUUGAAGAUGGUAGCAUCGGCACGUACACUGUAGUGGACCGCGUGGAUGCUGCCCUCAAGAUAAAGAUAGCCACCUCCAACAGCCGGCAGAUUGUCAACAACGCAUCACAAAAGGUGAGGCCCAAAUGCGGUAACCAUUCCUUUAAGACCAUAGCUGACUGCAUUUGGAGGGAGUCAACAGAAGUCUUCUCCAGGGACAGCCCCAUCAACGUGUCUGACUCCGGUGAAGGUGAGUCAACAACGCCUACAAAAAAGUCUGAAUUGCUGCAGUAAUGGAUGGAGAACAUGGAGCAGGUGGGGUUAGGACUGGAGGUUGAAGACAGAUGACCAAGUUUUUGAAUCUCUGGGGUUGCAGUUGAUUCUUGUUUACAGCCACGUGAUUCAGCUGCAGAUGUCAGCCCUCUGGGUAGUUAAUGGGCCGACCAUUUUAACGCUGCACUCAAAUUAUUUAUUACUUACUUCCAACUUAAGAUAUAGUUUCUGUUUGUUUUACACAUGAAGACUGUUAAAGAAAAAUAUGGACGUUUUGAAAAGGAAAAAAAAUUAUAUGUAAUUCUGUGAAUUAUUUGUUUGCCAUUAUGUGUCCUUUUGCAUUUGAAGAACAAAGUUAUUAUUCAAAUGUCUCGGUCAAACAUUUCAAAGCCAUUCCAGUGAUCUUAGCCAAUUUCAUCCCUCAGCAUUAUUUUUAUUUAUUUUGUGCACAUCAAGCCAUAAUGUCAUUCUCAAGAGAGUAUAUUUAUGUUUGUAUUUACAUCCGUCGGUACUGUACAAAAAGGAAGAACUAUGAACAUAUGUACAUAUCUCUUUUUGGCUGCUGCAAUUUGUGCAACUCCUUAAAAUGUUAUGUUGUGCUUAAUGCAAUCAAAGUGAGUGCCUGGAAUUUAAAAUGUUCUUUAUGGGCAGAUUACAAGAUUUAUGAAAAUGCAGGGAAUUUGUAAACAUAUAUAUACAUAUAUAUAUAAAGUUACAUAAAACUUGCAUUGACGUCAAAUCUAAAUGAUCAGUUUACUGAAAUCUAGUCAACAGCAUGUGAAAUCGAUGGCAUUGCUCUUUGUAAUGAUAGUUGUAGAAAUGUCUUGGAACGGUUUGUGUAAAUUUGAUGUGAAUUUACCUGCUGUUCCACCCAUUUGUGUGCUGUUUGUUCUAAGGGAAACACCACUAUUGAGCAUACAGUGUAGCAUAGCACCAUACACAGUCACGCCUUAACCAGUGUUCUUGCUUUAGGUCUAGUGGAGUUUGUUUUAAAUGUACCAGUAGAAGAGGACAGAGUGCUUAGCCCAGUGUUUCUCGGAAACAACGUGGCCGUGUGAAUAUAUAUUUAGAGUUUUAGACGCUAGUCGGAAGCACUUUAUGAGUGGUUUGUGAGAAAGUAUUAGAUUUAUUAAUUUUAAAUAUCAUAUCAUUUGUUUAAAAUCAUCUAGAUUUGUCUUAUACUAGGACUGGAUUUGCCAAUUAAAAGACACAAGGCCAUCCACGUACUUGCAGGCUAAAGUUGACUUGAUGAAAUGCUACCGCCUCUUAAAUUAUAUGCCUGGUAACAAUUAAAAAAGAAGAAGAAGAAGAAGAAGUUGGCAACUCAACUUAACUAUUAACUGCAGAGAUGGGCAAAUUUGAAAUCUAUGGGCUCAAAUGAGGGUCAGAAAGGUUUUGUUCUUAAGAAGUGAUAUUAAAAAAAAAUCUCAAUCUCUAGUUGUAUAUCAUCUUGUGUGAACCUGUGGGGAAUAACAUUGGGCACAAAUUUUAGCAACUUAAAAAAAAGUUUGGGCAAAAUCUAAUAUCAAAAACAACGUUAC